AUGAAAUUCUCAACUACUUUGUUCGCUUUAUUAUCUGUUGCCGCCACAACUUACGCCGCUGACUCAUCAAGCGGAGGUAUUGCUGCUAAAGCUACCUCAAAGGUCUCAUCUGCUAUUUCAAGUGGAACCGAUAGUGCUGCUUCAAAAGCAUCAUCUGCCGUCUCAAGUGGUACCGGAAGUGCUGCUUCAAAAGCUUCAUCAGCUGUUCUUGGGGGUUCAUCAGGAUCAAGUGCCAGUGCUGCUUCUAAAUCAGGAUCUUCAAGCUUCUCAUCUGCUUCAUCAUCAAAAUCGUCUUCAGGAGACGCAAAUGCUGUUGGAGUUGCUGGUAUUGGUGCUGGUUCAUUAGCUGCUGUUGCUGGUUUAUUGUUGUUGUAA